AUGGUGCCAGCCGGCUGGAAGCUGAGGAUGGACAGGGGGGCGAUGCAGGCAUGGCUUGGGGUCUCUGGGACCCCCCGCCGGCCCACCCACAUUGACGUGCACAUCCACCUGGAGUCUGCUCUGGCCCAGCUCCUGCUGACUAGGUGCUCCCUGCUGUGGCUCCCUGUCCCCGGUGCCACCUCCCAGACUCGGGGCAGCAGAUGGCAGUGGCCUCCUGGGACAGCCAGACAGGACUCGGAGGCAUCCGGCCACCAGGACGUGCCAGCCCUCAGGCUCCGGGAGCCCAGGGGCAGAGGCCUGCGGGCCCAGUGCCCGCCUGAGGCCGCUGGGAGAUCCGUCCCGAACAGUAGGGUCUCCACAACCUACACCUUCACCCUGCCCUUCUGGAAUUUUCAUAAAGCUCCUGGUGUGGCUUUGAAAGGAAGGUUUGGGAGACGGGAGAGAGGGCUCAACCUGGCUUGGCCGCAGCACUUUUCGAUGUCACUAAAACAGAGGGUCCUGCGGCCUCGGGAGUCCGAUCCAGGCCUCGACAUCCUCCCUGUUACCUUACCACGGACAACAAAGCUCAGCUCAAAACAGCCGAGCUACGGGGUGUCCUGCGGGAGGGCCAGCCGGGAGCUGGGCAGCCAGACCUGCGAGGGUCGCCGAGGGAAACGCAGGAGGGGCUUGCGCUUCCUGAGCCAGCCCUGUUCCUGGUUCGGUCUCUCCCCAGGAGUGCUGGCUGGAGUCGCCGCCUUCAUUCGUGACCAAGGGGGUGGCAUCUGCUGGGCCCUGCUAAAGGCCCUGCUCACCCUGGCAGCUUUCUUCACAGCCACUGCGGCCAUCAGCAUCGGGGCUUAUCAUUUCCAGAGCUAUUACUUCACAGAGAACUUCUGA